ACAAAGUUACAUAACAAUCACUGGGUAUUUGAGAAGCUUUGUAUUCCCACAAGUAAUUUCUCUUCAGUUUUUCCUCUGGCCUUUUGUGCUUGCUUUUCAAUUAAUACUAUUGCCACAUAACUCCUUGGAGACGCAGAAGUGAACAGAAACUGGACAAACAAGCAUUUGAUGCGAUGAGCAGACAGCGUGUCAUCCCCAUGGAGAGGGAUUGAGGCCAUACCGCAUGUGUGUGCGUGUGUGCAUCUCUGCCAAGUUGAGGAGAAACUGAGCUGUGCAGGGACGAGACCAGAAGUCCAAGCCAUCACUCAAGCUUGUCCUCAGUUUUGGCAAGGCUGCUCACACGCACAUCGUCCGUCCCUGCCAGACUCCAAUCCCACCUUUAACAUUAGUCAUUCCCUACUUACAUUUAUGCUAUUCCUUUUUUUAAAAAAGUGAUUACUUUCCCCUCUUUUCUGCUUGUUAAUACCUGCCUGGCCACCCUGAACAUAGUUUAAAACUGCCUGCUGACGGACAGCAUUGGUGCCUUGGGUUUUCAGCCCUUCACUUAGUCUCCCUUCCUCUACGGAGCCAAUGGACUUCUUUACCUCUCCCAUUUCUGCUCAACCUCUGAUUGUUUCUGCAUCUUCCAAUCCCAAAUGCAAUUUUAUUAGAGAAUCUGAGCAAUAUUUCAAUGGUUUAUGUUCAUAACACAAACAUGCUCAGGGCUGACAGGCAGUCGGGCAAGAGGAAGAUGCCAAUUAGCUGAAUAUCAGAACAAUAUCCAAGGCCACCCAACCCAUAAAUAAUCAUGAGGAAAUCUGCAGAUGCUGGAAAUUCAAACAACAACACACAAAAUGCUGGUGGAACACAGCAGGCCAGGCAGCGUCUAUAGGGAGAAGCACUGUCGACGUUUCGGGCCAAGACCCUUCGUCAGGACCAGUUUUCUCCAGGAUGUAGGUUCCAUCACCAAUAACUCAGCACCCCUUUGCAGCGACACCCUCAAUCGAUGAAUGGACAUCUGUUAAAGGGAUCAUAGAUCCUCCCAACUUUUGAUGAAGUUGUUCAGCUCCCAUUUUCUGAUUCAGAGAAGGAAGAGAAACAGGUGAACAUCUGGACACCUCUCACUGCACAAGUGGCCAAGCCCAGACUACAUCACAAUAUAGAGCAGUAUUGCUCUCCGCAACUGAGAUCAGGGACCGACUACUAAAACCAAUUACACGUCAAGUGGCUUAGUGGUUUUAUGUCAUUUUGUGAUAUCAUUUGAGCCAACAUAUUGUUAAUUGUGAGACCAUCAGCAUGAAAUGUAUCCAUGGUUGGUGCAGAAUUAAACAUCCUACAUUCUACUUUGCAAUCUCAAUCUCAGAGUUGUGCUCCUACUACAACAACCAUUGCUACAGCGGAUAUACAAAUGCUCACCGAAUCAGAAAGGAGGUGUGAAUCAGCCUGACUGCUGGGUAUUUCUGGCACUUCCUGUUUUUAUUUCAGAUUUUCAGCAGUUGCAGUUUUAUUUGAUCUUCAACAAAGUCGGCAAUUCACAUUCAUGAGUUCUCAUCAGAAAUCAGUGUAGAGGAGUGCUGAGUGUCUAUCGCAUGACAUGAUUCAUCUGCAAUUUGCAGAAGAAUAAUCCCGCAGGAUUGCUACCAAUUUUUUUCCCCAGAUUUCCUCAGUAUGGACUUUCCCCUUACCACAAACAAACCUUUCUAUAUUGGUACAACAUGUUUCACAGUCUCAGAAUGUCCUGAAGCACUUUACAGACAAGUGAGUACUUUCUGAACUCUCGUAAGUGUUUCACUGUAGGACGCCUGGCAGCUAGUUUGCAGACUCCAAGCCCCCACCAGCUGCUCAGUGAUAACACCCAGACUACUCACAUUAUUUCCCUUGUGCUGUUUUGUUGAAGAUUAAUAAUGCACAACUCCCUGGUUCUUCAGAAUUGUACUUUGGGAUUUUUCACAUUUGGAAGGACAACCGAGGUCAGUUUGACCAACGAAUAGUUAUGUCAUGGACGAGGGACACUCUGUCCAUCAAGUUCCCGCAAUCCAGCUGGUCUCUUCCCUCAUCCUCAUUCUAGGCUCCUGCAGAUCUGUCUUUCAGGUCCCUUUGAAUGAUACAAUUGAUUCUGCUUCCACUAACCUCCCUGGUUGUACAUUCCAGGUGCCAACCAUAUGCUGUAUAAAAAUAAUCAUAGCACUUUUGGUUCUACCUUUCUUCUUUGUUCCCUGGUUUGCGACUCCUCUACCAAUAGCAACAGUUACUCUCUGUCCAUUUUUAGAAUUUUAGAAACCUCCAUUAAAUCCUCUGUUCCAAGAAAACAACACCAGCUACUACAGUCUCUCUCCACUACUAAAGUUUCUCGUUCCUGGAAUAAUUUUGGUAUACCUUUUCUGCAACCUUACAGAACCCUUGUUAUCUUUCCUUAAGUAUAGUACCAGGCCUGGACACAAUACUUGGGUUGUGGCCAAGUCAAUAUUUUAUAAAGGUUUAUCAUGGUCUCCUCCUUUUUGCAUUCUGUGCCUUAUUUGCAAAUCCAAGAUCCUAUGGUCAUUGUCAACCCCUUCCUUAACCUAUCCUGCCACUUCUAAUGAAAUAUACAUGUCUCCAAUAAGACCAUAAGAUCAUAAGACAGAGGAGCAGAAUUAGGUCAUUCAGCCCAUUGAAUCUGCUCCACCAUUUCAUCAUGGCUGAUCCAUUUUCCCCUUGACCCCAUUCUCCUGCCUUCUCCCUAUCACCUUUCAUGCCCUGACUAAUCAUGAACAUAUCAACUUUUGGCUUAAAUACACCCAAUAGCCUGGCCUCCACAGCCACUUGUGGCAAUGAAUUCCACAGAUUUACCACCCUUUGGCUAGAGAAAUUCCUUCUCGUCUCUGUUCAAAUUGGGUGUCCCUCUAUUUUGAAGCUGUGCCCUCUGGUCCUAGAACCCCCCCUCCCCCACUAUAGGAAUCAUCCUCUCCAUAUCUGCUCUAUUUAGGCCUUUCAACAUUUGAUAGGUUUCAAUGAGAACCCCCUUCACUCUUCUAAAUUCCAGCGAAUAAAGGUCCAGAGGCACCAAUCGCUCCUCAUAUGAGUCAGUACCCAAUGGGAGAGGUCAUGGGUAUUCAACUUGGAACAAGCCCUUCAUCUCAUCAAGUUCACAUCGACUACCACACACUCACUUACACUAAGAGAGAUAGCAGUGACUGGAAUCUGGUGCAACACACAAUACAGAACAUAGAACAGGAACAGGCCAUUUGGCCUGCAAUGUUGUGCUGAACCGGCUAAGAACACCCAGACACGAACCCCUCCUACCUACACCGUGUCCAUCUUGCUCCAUCUUCCAUACAUCCAUGUGCCUAACCAAAAGCCUCGAAUGUAGAUCAUGGUCUCUCUUUGGGUGUUUUGCUAUUGCUUGGAGGGUGGUGGGGGCUGAUGCUUUUUUUUUGCUGAAAUGGGGGGUGGGGGGGAGGCUGAUGUGUUGAUCCUAACUGUUGCUUGCUUGGAGAGGGGGCUUUUGGGUUCUAAUGUUUUUCUGUUGUUCAUUCUUUUGAGUUCUUCUGUUUUUUUUUGUGGAUGUUGGGGAAGUAUUUCAGGUAGUAAGUAUACUGUAUACACUCUCUGAUAAUAAAUGGAAUCAUCUGAAGAUUUGUAUUUGCCUCUAGCACCAUACCAGGCAUAUACCACUCUCUGAGUAAAAAAAAACUUACCCCUCACAUGCCCCUUGAACCUACCUCUCAAACCUGUACUCCUUUUAGAAUUGACCCCUUUAGUUUAUAUUUUUGCUGCUUCUCAAUGUUCCCAUCAAGAUGUACCAUUUUGCAUUUCUCAGCAUUAAAUUUUGUCUGCCUCCUGCCCACCCUUUCCACUGACCUGACCCCCUACCUCCCUGUCCAUUACUGGCCCUCUCACAGGUAGCAAUUCCUUCAAGUUUUGUGUUACCUGUUUCUGUGAAAAUGGGACUAGCAGAAAACUACAGAUCUGAAACAGGCCCUUUAAGCUGCCUAGCCCCAUCGACCUGAAUCCGGACCAUGGCUCUCCAUGUACCUGUUCCAACUUCACUUAAAUGAUGAAAUCAAAAUUUAAAUGGUAUCCACGACAUCCACCAAAACAAUUGUGCCAUGUACACUCAGGUCCCAUGUGUAAUAAGACAUAUAACUUGUCCUGCUAACACUCCCUUGUAUCCUCAGAAUCAGAACCAGGUUUAUUAUCACUGGCAUGUGUCGUGAGAUUUGUUAAGUUAGCAGCAGCAGUGCGAUGCAAUACCUAAUAUAGAAGAAAAAAACAAAAUAAAAUAUUAGUAAUAAUAAAUAAGUCGGCGACAAUAUACGUGUAUUGAAUAUUAAAAAUGGUGCAAAAACAAAUAAUAUAUAUUAAAAAGUGAGGUAGUGUCCAAGGGUUCAAUGUCUAUUUAGGAAUCGGAUGGCAGAGGGGAAAAAGCUGUCCCUGAAUUGCUGAGUGUGUGCCUUCAGGCUUCUGUACCUCCUCCCUGAUGGUAACAGUGAGAAAAGGGCAUGGAGGUAUUUAAUAAUGAACACUGCCUUUCUGAGACACCGCUCCCUAAAGAUGUCCUGGGUACUUUGUAGGCUAGUGCCCAAGUUGGAGCUGACUAGAUUUACAACCUUCUGCAGCUUCUUUCGGUCCUGUGCAGAAGCCCCUCCGUACCAGACGGUGAUGCAGCCUGUCAGAAUGCUCUCCGCGGUACACCUAUAGAAGUUUUUGAGUGUAUUUGUUGACAUGCCAAAUCUCUUCAGACUCCUAUAGCUGUUGUCCUUCAUUGCUACUUAGCUGAUUUUCUGUCCACAUUUUCACUCCCUUUUCUUUCCAAAUGCUCCACUCCCGCAGAAGCCUAUCCUACGGGACUGAGUAAGCCCCUUGUGGAAACCAGAUCAAUAGCGUUUCUCUCAAUGAUGUUUGCUCUUCCUUCAAUCUGUUAUCAACUAAAAUACAGCUUACUGUUAAUAAAUCCUUUCUCUAGCCAUCUGACGCUUGUCCAAGCGAUUUCUCUCGUCUCUGUUAGCAGCUUCACCACCCAUGACCGGUUGCAUAAACUAAGCAUUUAUGCUGGGCCGGGGCUUGAACCCACAGCCUUGUGACUCUGACAGCACUAAAAACCACGUUGUUCAGCGCUGUUUGAGUGAACUCAAUGCUCUUCAAUGGAAUGCUAUUAUAAUUCUCCAAAUACGUGACUGGGUAUGAAGAGCUGUGUAAAAGCUUCUCCUUUCUCUAACACGUACUAUUUACACAAAUUGCGGGGACAAUCUCUAAAGCAACACACACAAUGUUGGAGGAACCCCACAGGCCAGGCAGCAGGUUCACUCAUUGAUGCAGAUGUGAGCCAGGUUCCGGAAUGCAGAAAGGGUGAUAGACACCCAGAAAUGUGGCCGGGGUAGCGUCUGCAGCCGGGAUCCGGAGUGCCCGUUUAUUUCCCACUGCAUUUAAACACACCGGGAUUCAUUACGUUGCCGUGUAACGCUUAAAACAAAAGUGUUUCGGUGUUAAUGGGAGUGGAAUGCAGUUGUCCAGGAAAUGGGCUGCUCUGGAACCGCCAAAGAAACCCCCCACUCCGCCGCCCCCCAACACGAGUUUAAUGGAAUCGCAAAUCGCUGUAUAUCUCGGAACCUAUAUUGUCGCUUUACACUGGGUUGAAUUAGCUUUGCUUCUUUAAGAGGGGUUCCAACUCCCUCUCUGGCGUCGUGGAGUCAAAUACAAUAAUAAAACAGACCCGCCAGUCUUGGGGGAGAAGGAAGUGUCCGGGUUGCUCUCCCAAAGCGAGAGCUCCUCACUGCCAUUGGUUUGACAUCACGAAACCAGGGUGAAUGAAGUCGGAGAGUUUGAGAGGGAGGGGAAUCGGGGAGUACCCGCACUCUUUAAAUGCAGAGAAAAAGCCGGGUCGCGACUGACAGCAGUCGGGAGCACAGAGCCAAAGCGAACUCGGCGAAAGGAACGAGGCGAGCCCUCUCCCCCAGCUCUGGGCGAUCGGCGCACAGAACCUGCGAUAACCGGGCAGUGGAGCCGGCAAGGAAGAGUGGGCAGAAGUUGGAGGUGUGAGUUUCGGGGACCAGCUGCCGGCCAGUAGACCGACUAUGCGAGGAAAGUAGGUGAGCGAGGACGUGUAGCCGAUCAUGGCUGAGGACUGGGACCAACAGGUGCAGCCGUUUUUGCUGGUGUCGCUGUUCCUGCUGGCUUGUCUGGAAGCGUACAGGUGGAUGCGACGCGGGGCCGGUGAUCGCCGCCAUCCGCCGGGACCCUUCGCCUGGCCUCUGGUGGGCAACGCCAUGCAACUCGGCAAGUCUCCGCACCUGACCUUCAGCAGAAUGGCUCGGCGCUACGGCGACCUCUUCCAGAUCCGCCUGGGACGACGAGACAUCGUGGUGCUGAACGGCGAGGCGACCAUCCGCCAGGCGCUGCUACAGCACAGCGCCCAGUUCGCCGGGCGACCCGACUUCGCCUCAUUCCGCCAGGUAGCCGGGGGACGGAGCAUGCCCUUCGGCCGCUACAGCCGCCAGUGGAAGGCGCACCGGCGCCUGGAGCAGUCCGCCGUGCGCUUCUUCUCCACGGCGGACGGACAGGCUCGCCGCCUGUUCGAGCACCAUGUCCAGGCAGAGGCUCGCAGCCUGCUGCGGGUCUUCCUGCGUCUGGGGGCAGGCGGCCGCCACUUCCAGCCGUGCCCCGAGCUGAAGGUGGCAGCCGCCAAUGUGAUGUGCGCCUUGUGCUUCGGGCACCGCUAUAGCCACGACGACGAGGAGUUCCGGCAGCUGCUGGUCAGGAUCGACCGCUUCGGCCGCACAGUGGGAGCCGGCAGCCUGGUGGACACGAUGCCUUGGCUCCAGACUUUCCCCAACCCGGUGCGCAGCAUCUACCGCGACUUCCAGCAACUGAACGACGAGUUCUUCGAGUUCGUCCGCUCCAAAGUGGAACAGCACCGGUGCACCUACCGGCCAGGGACCACCCGGGACAUGAGCGACGCUCUUAUCGGAGCGCUGGAGGGGGACCAGCUGGCCAAAGGAGCGCUCAGCCGGGAGCACGUCGAGGGCUCGAUCACUGACAUCCUGGGAGCGAGCCAGGACACCACAUCGACCGCCCUGAGUUGGGUCCUGUUCCACCUCAUCCGGUUCCCGGAGCUACAGGCCCGGCUCCAGAGGGACAUUGACGAGGUGGUGGGCAGGAACCGCCUGCCCGGCGCCCACGACAAAGCCCGCCUACCCUACCUGGAGGCUUUCCUCUACGAGAUCCUGAGGUUUACCAGCUUCGUGCCGAUGACGAUCCCGCACGCCACCACCUCGCCCGUGGAUAUCAAAGGUUAUCACAUCCCCCAGGACACGAUCGUCUUCAUCAACCAGUGGUCGGUCAACCACGACAGCGACAAGUGGAAAGACCCCAGCACCUUCGACCCCGGACGGUUCCUGAACGCGGACGGCACCAUCAACCGGGACCUGACCAGCAGUGUUAUGGCCUUCUCGGUGGGCAAGAGGAGGUGCAUCGGGGAGCAGCUGUCUAAGAUCGAAAUAUUCCUUUUCACCGCUAUCCUGGUUCACCAAUGCACCUUCGAGGCGAACCCUUUGGAGAAGCUGAACAUGGACGGCGAAUACGGGCUCACCAUCAAACCCACGUCCUUCACUGUGCUGGUCAGACUGAGGGACAAGUUCAUAGACACGGAGUGGCAGCCCGGCGAACCAGCUGACUACCGUACAAUCCCCAUCACACUCAAGACGUAAUAACCUCUUAUUACCAGGAAGCCCGGCAUAGACUCUAGCUCUGAGUCAAGAGAAUUUACGCGCUAACUGGACCCCAUCGUAACCCGAAGAUCUUAACGCGAUGCGAUGUCGGUGUUUCAUACCGACCCGGCUUCCUCUCACUUUUUAAAACAUUUGCUUCUGAACCCCAUUUCAAACUACUCUUCCUAGAAACGUUUAGCAUCAACUUCGUGCAUCCGGCGCAGUCCGCGUCCCGCUUUGGACUGUGCGACUGCAAGCACCGGCCAGCUGCAGAAGAAACAGCCACAGGAACUCGGGCUGAGGAGAGGGGCACGGCACCACCCGCAACUCGAUCGACUCCCUCUUCCCGGUUUUCUGAGAACAGCAGACUAUAAAAAUGGCCCGUUUUUCUUUCGAGAGGGUAAUAACUGUAGCGAGUUAAUUUGAACAAGCAGGUCUUUAAUGGUGAUGGUACCUUUCACUGAGCCAGACUGAUGAACGGUUACAGACUUUAAAUGUUACACUCUACCUCUCUCCAUUGAUGUCUUGUCUCAUUUGAAUGGAAGUGUGAAGUUGAGUCGAAAACGCUGGCGGCACCUGGCUGAAACACGUCGUGCGUGGGCUGUAACAGUGUGCAAACAACACGGGGCAGAUUUCGCAGGUGGAAACUCGCAGAGAGAGCAGUAUCUCCGUAAGUGAUAACUUAGUUAUCAUCACAAGACAAUGGGUGCAUUAACUAUGCCGCAGAAGACACCCUAAUUCUGGAGACUUUUCACAAAACGUAAAUUUUAAAUUUUAAAAGUUAACUUUAUAAUCUUAAAAGUUAAAGUUAAUUUUACGAAAGCGUAAACAUAAGACUUUCUAGUAGCUGACAGAUGGAACGGACUGAGAUUUGAACUGUGAUCACCUAGUCGUUCAAGCAGAAUCUGGACGGGAGACUCACCGAUAUGAAAACGUGUCAACAAGCCGAAGCCGUUUUACCAGGUAGCAUCUGUGUGUGGGUGCUUGUGCGUGGGACCAGUCCAGGCAGUGACUCGGAUGUUUUUAAAUGAACUUCAUGCUAUUUGGCGCUGGCUGAUGCUUGCAUUUUUAUUCGCACUGGAAGUUUCUUUUUCCAACUCCAAACAGCGUCCCAAUUCUGUCUCCCUCAAAUUUCAUAUUUACAUUUUUAAUGAUUUUCUGCAUUUUUUUUUGUGUGUGUGUAGGGGGGGGGGGGGGGAGAGGAUUAUUGUCUUAUCGUGAUGACAGCUUGAUUAGUGUUUGCCUUAACAUUUAGCUUGUCGGAGACGGCGAGCAGGAGAGACCCUUAGUGAUAGGGAACUGAUAUUCCAGCCAUUUUAAUUAUUGUUGCUAAUUGAAAGCGGAUGAAUUGAGCAGAGGGAACGCGCCGCGGCUCUGAGAUCUUCCUGUGCACUCCGAGCCUUUACUGCAGCCUUCUUGAUUAUCAGGAACCAAUCGACGUAAUGGCUGGGAAUUGAAAAAGGGAGCGGCGCCAGGCCCGCCUUAGCCCUGUACCUGUACCCCGUGGACCCACAGAGCGAUACUAAUGAACGUGUAUCCACUGGGAAAGAAAAUGCAAAUUCCACACAAGACCCACCAGCAUCUGGAAUAAAUAUAACUUCCACUGUCCAAGCUUUAUUAGAACUCAAUUAUUAAAUUCAACAGUAGUCCCCCUAAUAAUUAAAAUACUAUAAUAGGGGUCGGUUUAAUGGGCUCAUAUUAAACAUCUCAUUUCCUCCUGCAGAUCUGUUUCAUUGGCGUUUUUAUGUUUCACUUUGCAUUUAGUCAUAUUGCUUCUUCAGUACCACAUAAGAUUAAUGUAAAUGGUGUGUAUAUGUACAGCAUGUCUCCUUUCAUUGUAUCUGAGUACAAGUUAUUUUAAUGAAUGUAUUCAACAGUAUUGCUACCACUGUGAACUAUAAUAACACAAAUGUAUUUUAUAUCACA